AAUGACAUUAGACGUCAUCUGAUUAUUGUUUGAGUUCCAGAUCGAGCGAUGGGUUGAUGCGGUGUUGUUGUUUAUUAUAUUAAAAGAAAUGGUUCAGUUACUGUACAUUGUUGCUAGCUUACAUGUGUUGCUAUGCCCGUUCACAAAAGUAGAAGAAAGUUUCAACAUUCAAGCCACACACGAUAUUUUAUAUCAUCGCCAUAACCUCUCACAGUACGAUCACAAUGAGUUCCCGGGAGUUGUGCCGCGCACAUUCGUCGGACCGCUAAUAAUUUCAGCUAUUUCUGCACCAUUAGUGUCAAUAUUACAUCUGACUGGAAUAAACAAAUUUUGGAUGCAAUAUGUAGUGCGUCUAACCCUGGCAGUGUCAGUGAUAGGGGCAUGGAGCCGGGUGAGGAAUGCUCUGCAGAAGCAGUUUGGCAGUACAUAUGCCUGGUGGUACACCCUCAUUACUGUCACACAGUACCACUUCAUGUUCUACAUGAGUCGGCCAUUACCUAACAUUAUGGUGUUACCUCUUGUACUCCUAGCAUUUGAGGGCUGGAUAUCAGGCAAACACAAGCAGUUCUUAUGGACGGCAGGAGCUUCUAUUGUCAUCUUCAGAGCUGAACUGGCCAUGCUAUUUGGACUGUUUCUUAUUAUAGACUUGUAUUUUAAGAAGAUUGACAUUAAAACGUUAUUAAAGAUAGUAAUACCAGCAGGUGUGGGUCUAGUCUCCCUCACUGUGGUAAUAGACUCGAUAUUCUGGCGCCGGCUGCUGUGGCCAGAAGCAGAAGUCUUCUGGUUCAAUACUGUCAUGAACAAAAGCUCCGACUGGGGUACAUCACCAUUCCUCUGGUACUUCUACUCGGCGCUCCCACGCGGGUUAGGCCCCAGCCUGGUCCUCAUCCCGGUGGGCAUGUACCUAGACAAGCGGUUGCUGCAGUAUGCCGCGCCAGCUUUCGUGUACAUUCUGCUGUACUCGUUUCUGCCACACAAGGAGCUCCGGUUCAUCAUAUACGUCUUCCCCUUGCUCAAUAUGGCUUCAGCCGCCGCUUGUUCCUAUAUAUAUGUAAGACGAACAAAAGCACCUAUUUUUGAGUUAUUGUUUUGGGGAUCCAUUAUUGUGAUCCUUGGUAAUAUUGUCAUAUCAUUAGCAUUUGUGUUGGUGGCAAUGACCAACUAUCCGGGCGGAGUAGCGAUCACAAGAUUUCACAAACUGUUGAGGAACGAGCCCUUCGUCCACAUCCAUAUCUGCAACUUGGCUGCACAAACUGGCGUCACCCGGUACACGCAAAUCAACGACCGUUGGAUGUACAGCAAAAACGAAUCCCUACCACCAGAUCUACUACAAGAUUACACCCACCUGCUUAUUGAAGCUAAAAGCAAAUACUCAUCGAACCUGAAAUCCUUUGCACAGACUCACGAUAUCUUAGAUAGCAUAGAAUCUUUCUCACAAAUAGCUAUGAAUUAUAGGCUAAUGCCACCAGUCAAAAUUAAAACAAAACCUGCUAUUUUCAUUCUAGAAAGAAAAGAUUUCCGUGAGUUCCCCCAUGGACAUCAGCUGGGCAUCUCUAGAAGCUCUGCCUUAGCAGCUGAAGAAUCAAUAAUGAGCCAUGAAACUAUCAUGGAGGUUACAAAUUAUGAAAAUUUCGUAGAAAAUGGAUCUAAAGAAACUGAAGAGACUGCUAUAAGUGUCGAAGAAGAAGAGAAAACUGCUGAUUUAAAUAUUUCAGAUAAAGAAAACACAAUUAUAGAUAUGCCUGAGCCGAUUAAAGAAGAAGUCGAGAUACCGACUGCUGAAGUAGUCCCUGAAGAAAAAGAGCCAAUCGUUCAAGAAGAGAUCAAGGUUGAACAUGACAAAUCCCCGAAACUACCAAAGGCGAAAAAAGCAUUCGACGAACUAAAAUCACUUCGAAUCGAAAGAAAAAAGAAAGCUAUCGAGAAAAUUAAAACGGAAACUAGAAAAGAAGUAGUAGAAUCGGCAAAAGAAAAACUUAAGGAAAUAAUGAAACGUCACAAGAAUAUCGCUGAUGAACUGUCGGAGAGUAUUAUGUCUGAUAUAACAAGUGAGCUGGAAGAAAAAGACGGAAGAGGCGAUAUUCCGGAGAGCGAGUUCAUACCUGAACUGAAUCAAGUCGAAGAAAUCGAGAAAGAGGCUAAGAAAGAAGAAGAAAAUGUUAAAGACACAUUAAAUAUCGACGUAACAAAUCAUGGAAACGAAACAAUUGAUUCGAUCGUCGACGAAGUAAUCCUAAGACUAAUAGAUAGAAAAAUAUAUGACGAUAAAACAAAACCUGAGGACAUUAAGCCAGAUGACAGGCUGAUGAUACAGAAAAUUGUUGAAGAGGUUGUGUCUGAGAAAAUUAAACUGAAUUACUCAAACGCUGAGAGUAAGUGAGAGUGGAUUGUUUUAUAUAUUGUGUUUUGUUUGAACUUGAUCUCGUGUAUUGGUGAACCAACAGUGGCUGGUAGUUAUUCUACCUACAGGAUGUGCCUUGAAUAUUGUAACAUAUUAUUUAUAUUCUUGUUGAAUGUUGGUGGAUACUUGCAUUUUGUUUUGUCGUAAGUGAUUAUAUACUGCAUUUCUUUUUUAUUUUUGAUCAAGAUUGUUUCCCCAAUGUUUUCUAGUCAUAUCACGAAACAGAAAAAUAUUACGUUCGGUCAAUUUUUUAUGACAGAAAUGAGAAAAAUUAUACAUUUAUAUAGGUUAUGAAUAACAUAUCGUAAAGCCAAACAUUAUAUUUUAUUCUUUUCUUGGAAAUCAGAGUGUUUGUGGUAAAUAAAGUGUAAAAUAAUUGUUGUA